AGAGUGUGUCACUGUUAUUGGAAGUGAUCUGUCGCGCUUUGAUUGGGGUGAGAGGCAAUCAGAGGCGAAAUGUCGAGUCGGAUGGUCCAACGUCUCCUCCAGCAACAGCAAAGGCAGCAGCAGCAGCAGCAGCAGCUGCAGCAGCAGAAGGAAAACGAGGAAGAAGAUGAUGAUACUUCAACAGCUUCUGACGACGAUGGAGGAGGAGAGAAAGCUAAGGCCCCUGCAAGGAACAUCUUCGACUUGUUAGGCGACGCGGAUCCCGAUCCAAAUGAAGCUUCCGAUCGGGAUGAUGACAGCAACACUGGAGGCAAUGGUGGCGGUAGGGAAACAACGGCGGCUAUGGCGCCGCAGUCGACGAAGGAGACGUGGGUCCACGACAAUGACGGAGGUUCCAGAGGCUCUGUGAAGCCUCACAAGGCGGGCCGAAAAAAGAAGGGAAAAGGUGGAACCUCGAUGAACGCCACUGUGUCUGCUCACACCCUGCGGCAAACGGCCAGGGAUAACGGCGGCGGCGGCGGGUCGGGAUCGGAGGCGGUUUCGGCGCCGAGCUCUUCGCAUUCAGCCGGUGGCGGCGGCGGCGGCGGAGGAGGAGGAGGAGGCGGUGGCGGCGGGAGGACGGCAACCUCGUGGCGAAGUGGGCGAAGUGGGAGAAGGGCUGCAGCGGCGGAAGAAGCUGAUGUCGAUCAGCUCCUAAGAGAGCUAAAUUUGGAAGAAGCGGGAAAGACAACAAGCGACAAGGAUUCUUCGUCGUCGUCGCUGCCGCCGCCGCCGGCGGCGGGAGCAGGGGCGAAAUCCGCAGCAGCUGCAUCUGCUGGAAAGAGUGUCGGCGGCGGCGGAUUGGGAUCGGGAUCGGCGGAAAUUGAGAAGGGUUUUCUGGCGGUGGAUUCGAGGUUCUUGCGAGCGGGCGACGAACUGCGUCGCAUCUUUGGGUCCAAGGUAAUCAACGCCGUUGACAGGGGCGGGGAAGGCGGCGGCGGCGGCGGCGGCGGUCUUUUGGCCGGACGGGCGCACGGCAGACACGGGGGAGGAAUGAUCGGUGCGCACGCAGGGGUGCGGAAAAAGGGCGCCGCCGGCGGGACAAGGCGCGCGUAUUACUUGGUUGUGCCGCGGGACCACUGGCCUCGUUGGGAUGGCGGCAUUUCAAUGGAAUUUGUCAAGAAGGAUGACGACGGCGACUGGUUUGUAUAUCAGUACUCCUCGACUUACAUGGAGGCGCAGAGGCAGUACCAGCGGUGUGUCGACUCCUUCGAUCCCAAUACCUUAGCCGAGCUAGUCCAACAGCAUCCCUAUCACGUGGAUUCACUGCUGGCGCUGGCGGAAAUGUACAAGCAGAUGGGAGAGAGGCAGGCAAGUGCAGAAUGCCUUGAGCGAUGUUUGUACGCAUUUGAAUGCGCCUGGCACCCCUGGUUCAACCCCUCUUCCGGUCGCUGCAGGCUUGAUUACGAUGCCAGCGACGCUAAUUGGUCUUUCUUUGGCGCGCUGUUCCGCCACAUGCAGCACGUGGGCCGACGGGGAUGUCACAGGACGGCCCUGGAGAUCUGCAAGCUGAUACUCGCGCUCGAUCGCAGGGAUCCUCUGGGCGCCCUCUUCUGCAUCGACUACUACGCGCUGAGGUCUGAGCAGUACGACUUCUUGGAGACUCUGUGUGAUCGAUGGGGUGGAGACCAGUCGCUGCCGCUCUUUCCUAAUUUCGCCUUCUCCUUAGCCCUCGCGCAGUUCAGAAAAGAGGAAACGAUGAUGGGCAAAUCGGGGCAGACGGGUCGUGAUGGUCGUGACAAACGGGUCCAGCAGGCGCAGGGAUCACAACGAAGAGCCGUGAGAGCUGAUAGGGUCAACGAGGUUGACGAUUUAUCUCACUCUCACGUGCCUGCUGUGCAAUCUCGCGGCGGCGGGGCGAAUUUUCCGUCGUCCUCUUCAUCAUCACCAUCGUCAUCAUCAAUCCUCGCUUCCUCUUUUUCAUCGAUGAUGAUAGCGGGAGGGUCGGCAGCUACUCAGGCAAGGAGGAAAUCAAUGGCUGCUGCAGUGGUACCCUCCCCCCCCCGACGACGGGGGAGCUCAGGAGGAGGAGGAGGAGAAGGAGGAGGAGGAGGAGGAGGAGGAGGAGGAGGAGGAGGAGAAGAUGUGAUGGAGUCCUCCUCCGCCGUUGGCGUAGAAGAAGUAUCCAGUGGUGGGUGCAACAGCCAUCCCUCGGCGGACGAGCUGCUGCAUCAAGCUUUGAUGCUUCAUCCCGCCAAUUUAAAGAGGCUUAUCGACCGCGUACCUAUAAAGGUGGAUGGGGAAUGGAAGAAUGUGUUGCAGUGCAAGCUGUUCUCGCAUCCGGAGAAGGAAAGUCCGUCGUUGGAACACGUCAGCCAAGUGUUUGUUGAAAGGCAGCAUCUUCUGUGGAGGCCGUUGGAGGUUCAGAACUGGCUCCGCGACGGAGCUAGGGUUGUGGCGCAGAUGGCUGAAGAGGAGAGAUCGGGGAGAGGAGCCGUGGAGAUCGCUAAUUGGGCUUGCGCAAGGAAGGAGGCAUUCCCAUCGACCAGCAACGAGUACCGCCACCUGCGUGUCUCCGAGUUCUCAGACACAGUGUCAACUAUUCCCGAGGAUGGUGAACAGAAUCAGGGAGCGGCAGGACUUCCGGCUGCGUUUGGACCGGCUGGUAUGAGAGUGGUGCAGAGAGGAGGACGAGGAGGACGAGGAGGAGGAGGAAGACGAGGAGCGGGGGCAGGAGGAAGAGGAGGAGGAGGAGGAGGAGGAGGAGAAGGAGAAGGAGGAGGAGGAGGAGGAGAAGGCUUGGCACUAAGGGAAAUGCUGGAUAGGGAGUUGGAGAGGCGAAAUGCGUUCGUCGUGUUCUUGGAAUCGUUGAUUCCAUGGGUUGACUACGGUGUUGAUCUGCAGGGUGCAGAUCCGCUUCAAAGGGAGGGAGAGGCGGGGAAUGGAGGAGGAAGAGGAAGAGGAGAUGCAGCAGCAGGUGGUGGUGGUGAUGGAAACCGUAACCACCCUAACAGAGGCAAUGCUGAUCAGGAUGACGAUGAAGAAGACGAAGAUGAUUCGGAUAUCGACGAAUUCAUUGACGUACUCGAUUGAUUGAGUGGUUGGACCUGUGGCCUCUGGUGGCCAUUCAUUCCUCUAUCCAUUGACGAACGAAUUCUUUCUGCUUCGGCACCAGGGUGUCCCCAUGUAUGUCCGGCUUUUGAAGUGCAAGGAAAAGAGGCCAGACAAGAGGAGGAGAGGGAAAGUGCCUUCUUUCUUUCUUCCUUCCUCUCCCUCCUUCCUUCCUUGUUUGCUUCCUUCCUUCCUUGGGCAUUGUCACGGUUUUCUGGCGCUCAACUCUGGCUGGAUUUUCGAGACAAGAGACCGACAGAGAGGGUGUGGCACCUCUUUUCAGCCAGAGCUCACAACUCAUCUUCCCUUGGGAAUUGUCACAAGACUGGCCUGGAGCUAAUCUUGUCUUGACCUGUAGUAGUUUGACCCUGAAUCCCCUAAUCCCUGAUUGUUGUGUAGAUAAAAGCUGCAACAAAGG